UAUAGGGAAAGUAGGGGACAACUUGCUAGUAUAAAAUUAUAGUCCCAUCAAUUGUAUAUCAAGGCCCAAAAUCAAUAUUCAAUCUUGAACAAUUUAUAAAAUGCCAUAUUGAAGGCAAAUAAUUGGACCCAAAGGCCCAGCAUUCAAACAUGUGAGGUAGAGGCUGAAUAGAUAAGGUUAGAUGGAGCUAAGCUUCACAUGAAGUAACUUCCUCAACAUAUUUGAUUAUACCAAACAACCAAAAAAUUUACUGGGAAAGUAGUAUAAGAAGAAAAUACUCAUGGAGAUAUUUGAAGUUGGACCAUGUAAGAGCUCCUAUGAAAUGGGGUAUCUGAUAGGGGAGAGAUUCUCAUCCUUGAUAAAGAGCAGAUUAGCAACAGACCUUAUUCUACAAACUCAGCUCCGGCCUUAUGCCGAAACCCAAAUUGCAAAACCGAUAAUCGAUUCUCUUACUGAAAACAACCGGAGCAAGUUCCCGCGUUACUGGGAUGAGCUUGUUGGGAUUGCGGAAGGAAGUAGUGUGCCUGUUCUUGAUAUAAUACUUAUCAACUUCAGGAAAGAGAUAUUAGCAUUUAUGCCAAAGAACGAAGGAGCGAAUAUACCUGAAGACACACCAGAUGAUUGCUCUACCGUUCUGGUAGUAAGUGACAGUAUGGCCAUAGCAGCGCACAAUGAAGAUGCAAAUGUUGCUCUAGUUGGUCACACAUACUUGAUCCAAGCGAAUUUAGGCAAUGGACUUUCCUUCACAGCAUAUACAUACGCCGGGGAGCUUCCAAGCUGUGCAUUUGGCUUUAACAGUCAUGGAUUGGCUUUCACGUUGAACUCGGUACCACCUCGUGAAGAUGAAAUUGUAGCAGGAGGCAUUGGGCGGAACUUUAUUUCAAGAGAUCUUCUUGAAGCAACGAGCAGUGGUGAUGCUCUGAAGAAAAUUCAGUCGUCAGAAGUGUCUGUUGGACACAGCUAUAACCUGAUCGAUAUACCAAAACGAAAGAUUCUGAAUAUAGAAACAGCAUCAAGGAAUCGAUUUUCAGUCUAUGAGGUCAAUGCAUCACCAUUCUUCCAUGCAAACAUGUACCUUCACCUUCAAGUUCCACAGAUACAAGAUGAAAAUUCAAGUAGCAGACAAAAACGAGCAGCUUCACUGCCGCAAGAAUCAAAAGAAGAUUUCCUUUCACUCCUUGGAGACAUAGAUGACAAAAGAUAUCCCAUCUACAUGUCAGGACCAACAUUGUACACAUUGUGCACAGCUGUUUUCGACCUUGAUGGACCAACACUAUCUAUCAUUGAAGGGAACCCAAAAGAAGGAAAGGUGACUCAUUCAUUCCAUAUGUAAAA